UCUUCUCCACGUGAUCACCCUUUGUUGCGAAUUGCGAUCUCUCUGUUUCUGCUUCUCUUUUUCUCAAAGAGAAAAAUAGAAGCAGCCAAGUAAUCGGAAAAUGGAGGCACGCGGCGGAAGCAGCCUCCGGCGAGUCUUGGUGCUGGCCUUUUGCGUAGCCGGGAUCUGGUCGGCUUACAUAUAUCAAGGUGUUCUUCAAGAAACUCUAUCGACGAAGCGAUUUGGUGCAGACGGGAAGAGAUUUGAGCAGCUUGCGUUCUUAAAUCUGGCGCAAAGUGUAGUUUGCUUAAUUUGGUCUUAUAUAAUGAUAAAGAUUUGGUCGACGGGCAGCGGCGGCGCUCCGUGGUGGUCAUACUGGAGUCCUGGCAUUACAAAUACAAUUGGUCCUGCUAUGGGCAUUGAAGCCCUAAAGUAUAUCAGUUACCCUGCCCAGGUCUUGGCCAAAUCAUCCAAAAUGAUUCCAGUGAUGUUUAUGGGUUGUUUGGUAUAUGGAGUAAGCUACACUGUUCCCGAGUAUCUUUGUACUUUCCUUGUUGCUGGAGGGGUGUCUACAUUUGCUCUUUUGAAGACUAGCUCGAAGACGAUUAAUAAGCUAGCACAUCCAAAUGCACCCAUUGGAUAUGGUCUUUGUUUCUUGAACCUUGCAUUUGAUGGGUUUACUAAUGCGACUCAGGAUUCACUUACAGCAAGGUAUCCAAAGACAAGUGCGUGGGAUAUAAUGCUGGGAAUGAAUUUGUGGGGCACCAUAUACAAUCUGAUCUACAUGUUUGGCUGGCCACAUGGGAUUGGCUAUGAGGCAAUCGAAUUCUGCAAGCAGCAUCCAGAGGCCGCAUGGGACAUUUUGCUCUACUGCCUGUGCGGUGCUGUGGGCCAGAACUUCAUCUUCUUAACCAUUAGCCGAUUCGGGUCUCUUGCCAACACAACCAUCACCACAACCCGCAAGUUUGUCAGCAUUGUGGUUUCUUCAGUGCUUAGUGGCAAUCCCCUGUCAGCAAAACAAUGGGGCUGUGUAGCCAUGGUCUUCUCAGGGUUAUCAUAUCAGAUAUACCUCAAGUGGAGAAAAUUGCAGAAACUGCAGAAGAAGAGAAAGCCUAUGUGACUACAACAAUUUUGAACUUAAUACGUACAUCUCUCUCUCUCUCUCAUUAACUUUCUUUAUAUAUAUAUAUAUAUAUAUAUAUAUAUAUAAUCAUUCUGCAUCCGUAAAGAUUCAACAGUCGCAAAUUUACAGAACUGCCAGUAGGGAUUGUAAAAUGUAAUUGAAUAGACACUUUAUUAAGGUACUGAGUUUAGAAUGCCGCCUUCGUUCUACAAUUUCAUCCGAUGAACUGCGCUGGCCUUGUUUGUCUUCGGACUUGUUCACCUGAUUAAUGCUCUACGAAUACUAAAAUCGUUCUGCCAA